CUUUACCCGGAAGUGGAGUCGUGACGCUGCUAGAUAUGUGGCGCUGUUGAAAUGAUUUCGAAUUGAACAUUUUGCUGUCGUGUUUUAACUUCGUGAACUGAAAAUGCGAGUGUUCCGUCUUAAAGUUUUAUAUUUGUCUUUUUUGCUUUUUUUCGUAAACACCUCGGUGUCGGUACUAGCUAAACAAGGAAACUCCUUGAAUGUGCCCAAGAGAAGUGAAGACGUCGAGGCGAAGGCGCAACAGAAUGUCAACACAGCUGCCAACAAGGAGACACAAAAACACAAUAACAAAGAAGAUGCAUCUAAAACAGAGGACUCACUGCAGGAUGGGCAAACUCUCAGCAGGUCAAAUGCCACAGCUAUACCAUAUGGAAAUAAUGAGACCCUCCACCCUACAACAUCUACCAAACCGACCACAACAACACCACCCACCCCCAAGCCCAUCCUGCCAGUGCAGACAGGGGUCAAGGCCCAAGAAGAAGAGCAGUCCAGUGGGAUGACCAUAUUCUUCAGCCUGCUCGUUAUUGGUAUCUGCAUCAUAUUGGUGCAUCUGCUCAUCAAGUUCAAGCUGCAUUUUCUUCCUGAGAGUGUGGCUGUUGUGUCCCUUGGAAUCUUAAUGGGAGGCUUCAUUAACUUCAUUGAGUUCCAGAAACUGGCGGACUGGAAGGAGGAGGAAAUGUUCCGGCCCAACAUGUUCUUUCUUCUGAUUCUGCCACCAAUUAUCUUUGAGUCGGGGUACUCUCUACACAAGGGUAACUUUUUCCAGAACAUAGGCUCCAUCACCUUGUUUGCUGUAAUUGGUACUGCCAUCUCAGCCUUCAUAGUUGGAGGAGGGAUUUAUUUCCUUGGUCAGGCUGAUGUAAUCUAUAAAAUGACCAUGACUGACAGCUUUGCCUUUGGCUCUUUAAUUUCCGCUGUGGACCCUGUUGCUACGAUUGCAAUAUUUAACGCUCUCAAUGUGGACCCAGUCCUCAACAUGCUGGUGUUCGGUGAAAGCAUCCUUAAUGAUGCCGUCUCUAUCGUCCUCACCAACACAGCAGAGGGCUUUUCCAGCUCUGACAACUCCAUGGUGACUGGCUGGGAGACCUUUGCACAAGCUCUGGGUUAUUUCCUCAAGAUGUUUUUUGGUUCUGCUGCUCUGGGAACCCUCACUGGACUCAUUUCUGCCCUUUUCUUGAAACACUUUGACCUGAGGAAGACGCCGUCCCUGGAGUUUGGGAUGAUGAUCAUCUUUGCUUACCUCCCCUAUGGGCUGGCAGAGGGAAUCAAACUGUCAGGAAUAAUGUCCAUCCUGUUUGCGGGGAUCGCCAUGUCCCACUACACCCAUCACAACCUCUCCCCUGUCACCCAGAUCCUCAUGCAGCAAACACUAAGGACCGUAGCCUUCAUGUGUGAGACCUGUGUGUUUGCCUUCCUCGGUCUCUCGAUCUUUAGUUUUCCUCACAAAUUUGAAAUAUCUUUCGUCAUCUGGUGCAUCGUCCUGGUUCUUCUUGGUAGAGCUGUGAAUAUCUUUCCUCUUUCUUUCCUGCUGAACUUUUUCAGAGAUCACAAAAUCACACCCAAAAUGAUGUUUAUCAUGUGGUUCAGUGGCUUGCGAGGUGCCAUUCCCUAUGCUUUGAGCCUUCAUUUAGGCCUGGAGCCCAUCGAGAAACGGCAGUUAAUUGGUACCACCACCAUCAUCAUUGUGCUGUUUACCAUCCUCGUCCUCGGGGGCGGGACCAUGCCACUCAUCCGCCUCAUGGACAUUGAAGAGAACCAGUCACGGCGGAAAAACAAAAAAGACAUCAACCUCAGCAAGACACAAAAAAUGGGUAACACCAUUGAGUCAGAGCACCUAUCAGAACUGACAGAAGAAGAGUAUGAAGCCCAGAUCUACCAGAGACGAGAUCUGAAGGGCUUCAUGUGGCUCGAUGCCAAGUACCUUAAUCCAUUCUUUACUCGCAGACUCACCCAAGAGGACCUGUUGCACGGCCGCAUCCAGAUGAAAACUCUGACCAACAAAUGGUAUGAAGAAGUGCGUCAGGGACCAUCGGGGUCUGAAGAUGAUGAGGAUGAAGCCGAACUUCUUUAAAACCCUUUUUGGUGUGAGAUGACAACAGUGAACUGGCAUUGUGUGUUCUGGGCUGCAGGUGUGUCUGUUUUAUAGACAAAAGCCCUGCUAGCGGGUCAGUCACAUGCAGCUUCCUGCUCCCAACGUAACGUUACAGACGUAAGCAGAUUCCUGCAGAUGAAAAUGUGCAGAAUCAUUUUCUCACUGAGAUGGGAUUAAAAAAAAUGUGGCAUGGGAUGAUGUCAAGGAAAAUGUGAAAUUCUGGUUGUUAGGAAUGUUCUGCUGCUUCCUGUCGAAGUAACUGGAUUUAUUUUUACUUUCAAUGUGGGAUUUCUGGGAUGGGGAUCGUUUCUCUUUUGGAGGACGGACACUGUGGGGUGAAAAGAAAGAUAAAGGGUACCAAACUCAAACCCAACUGGAGAGCAACAUGUUUUUUGAUAUGAUGUCUUCAUAUUUAUAAGGUAAUUGCAUUUAAAUCGAAAAUUUUGAAAAGAUUAUAUAAAGCAUGGAACUUGAAAAAUCAUCUUUUAGGGCUUUAUGAAUUAGAUUUGCAGUAAGCGCAAAGUUGUCAUACCUUUUGGUAUUUUUAUUCGACUUACAUUUUUCUGUGCCUCUACAUUUGUAUUCCUUAAGGGUCAUAUUUAUUAAAAAAAUUGUAUGUACUGCGGUUUAGCACAGCUGAAAGGUACAGCAACAACUACUGUCAAAGCAAGGUAAGAUGAGGAACUCUUGUUGAUGAAGGAAAAAUGAAAUCAGUCACAGAAGAAUAGUUUUGGAAUCUGAUUCAUUUUUUUGUUUCUUUGAUUUUUGACUACACUGUCUAAAAUGGACCUUAGAAUGUCUACUGUUUGACUUUCACUGUGGUUGGAUUAUGAAGAUGAGUACAAAUGAAUGUGGAAGAGUCUUUUUUUCAUAUUUAUUCAUAUUUUAUGUCCUGUUUGUGUGACUUUUUGCACUCACACUUUUGAGCCACAUAUGAUUAGAAAAAUAAAAAUGCAUUGGGUACUGCA